AUGCAGUCGCGCGUUAUCUACGGCUUCAUCGCCGCCGCGUCGCUGUUCAGCAGCAGCAUAGCUGGGCCUUGUCUGCCAUCCGUAUCCUCCCUCUCUGGCACCUCUAGCACCGAGAACAUCCCAUCCAGCACAACCGACAGUGCUUCAUCCUUGACAAGCACUACCUCGUCACUAAGUUCCACCGAGGACACUACAUCAACUACCGAGAUCACAUCAGCCACUGGGAUCACGUCGAGCACCGAGAUCACCUCAACCGCCUCUCAGGAACCAUCCGCCUCAACCACCGAGACUACCACCCAGCUGUUAAGCACCUCGCAAGCCACUUCAACCACCAGCUGCGUUUCCAGCUCCACCAGCAGCGUGGAGCCCAUCCCCACGUUCUACAUUUACGUUGCCAACACCGACGCUAAGAGUGUCAGGGGCGCCAACCCCCUCUACCGGGACGAUAUUCCCGACUCAGAGAUUCGCCUGAACCUUUACUCAAUAACGCCAGGCGAUGACCUCUACCGGUUCGGCGAGUUCCACGUCCAAGAGUCCACGAACCGCCUCAUGAUGGGCGACUUCUACGUCUCGGCCAAUUCCCAGACGGAUGUCACACUCAAGGCCAGGCCACUAUCGGAUGUCACAGGAGAUGAACAGUUCGUCCUGUGUGAGCCUCCUUUGGAGUAUGGGCAGAAAUUUCUUUGCUCGGUCGACUCGACUUCAAGGACGGCGUGGUAUGUUCUCACCGCGCAGACACAUGAUACUGCCGUCUAUCUUUUGGAUCCGGGCAAUGUUCCCGACGAGUACACUUCCUUUGAGUUCCUUGUGGACCGGAUUUGA